AAGGAGAAAAACGGAAGAAAGAAACAGUGUCCAGACAUCCAUAGCCACCAGAAGACCACGGCGUAACGCUGCAAAAAUAAUAAUAAUAAUAAUAAUAAUAACUGAUUGCCUGUUGAAAAUGAUACUGCUAAAAGAAAUGAUGAAUUUGAAAGCUAAGUUGUACCUGGCGAUUAAGACUAGUUUUUUUCAGAGUGUUGGAGAGGAGGAGGAGAAGGAAGAAGAUGGCGAUGGCGACGGAUCAAAGUCUCUGCAAUCUGCUGGUGGGAAAGAGGCCCUCUAUAAGAAGACUUCCAUCCUGCUUGCUGUGAUCUGCUGCCUUCUGGUUUGCAUCAUCAUGGGCCUCAGUGUUCUGUCAUUACAGCUUUGUGAUUGUGGAGAUGUCUGUUCCAGGACAUCUCAAGAAAAUGGUGAGGAGAACAGCAGCCCUAUUCCAGUUGGUCCUGAACAGGAAGAGAAAGUGGAUGAAGUCAGCACAGGCCUGCCCACACUCUCCAGCUUCACAGGGAAUUGCUCUGAUAUGGAGUCCCUUUUCUUUGAGGCGGUGUUUGGGAGCAAUAUCACAAAAAACUGCAACAGUCAGGUGUGUGAAUUGUGUUUGAAGGACUGGAUGCUGUUCAAUCACAAGUGCUACAUGUUUUCAAAGGAUAUCAUGCCCUGGAAUGCCAGCCAGGCUCAGUGCAGAUUAAAGGGAGGUGACCUGGUGAAGAUACAGAGUGAGGAGGAGCAGAAAUUCAUCUCAAAGACGGCUCAAAAGAAGGGUGGCUUUUACUUCUGGAUUGGAUUGUCUGAUCAAGCCGGGAAAGGAGAAUGGCGCUGGGUGGACAACUCCCCUCUGACAAAAGGAUAUUGGUGGCAGGGUAUUCACUCUACUGGCGAUGUCAGGCAGUGUGCAGGCGUGAACCCCCCGUCGAAUUCCUUGAACAACUGGGACCGGUCAGCCUGCGGAGCCAACAGCAGAAGAAUCUGUGAAUCCGCAGCUGUGCGUCUGAUUAACAAAGCAAACCAUGACAACCUUGCACGUGUUUUAGAUUAGAGCUGGUGCAAGUAUUUGAGGAAAAUGCAACAUGAAGUAGAUUCAGAGGCAAAUAUGACCCUGUUAAGCAUCAUGCAAAAUAAUCUAGUAGCUUUAGAUUGAUUUCUGUCUUUUAUUAAAUAAAAUGUAAUCCAUAACUUCAAACAAAUAAAUCAGAUUCUAACACUUAA